AUGUCCAAAAGACCCGCUGAGCUCCCUUUGGAGCGAGACUUUUCCGGCUCACCCGCUUCCAAAAAAGCUCGUGUCGAGGACGCCAACGCAGACGGUUCCGCCAGCGGCGCAGAUGAUGUCGACGUGCAAGGAGCAGCCGAGCUAGAAGCAGAGGAGCUUGAGGAGGGCGAAAAGGACCCGUCGGAAAUCCUGGAUAUUGACGAGGAUGCGCCUGCACUCAGCGCACCGAAGCGACAAAGCGCCCCUAUGGAAGGCUACGGCGACCUGUAUCUCGACACAAUCAAUCGCCAGAUCUUAGACUUCGACUUCGAGAAAUUGUGCUCGGUCAGUCUGUCAAACAUCAAUGUGUACGCAUGUCUCGUCUGCGGCAAAUACUUCCAAGGCCGAGGUCCCAAGUCGCAUGCGUAUUUUCACGCGCUCGAGGUUGGACACCACGUCUUCAUCAACAUUGGCACAAAGAAAGUCUAUGUGUUGCCAGAAGGAUACGAAGUACAGAACAAGAGUUUGGAAGACAUCAAAUAUGUGGUCGAUCCCCAUUACACUAAAAGCGAAGUGAUCAAGCUAGACAAAGAAGUCCACGAUGCUUGGGAUCUGUCAGGGUCUAGAUACAGACCAGGCUUCGUCGGUAUGAACAACAUCAAAGCCAACGAUUAUGUGAAUGUUGUAGCUCAACUGCUAGCACACGUUCUGCCUAUACGCAAUUUCUUCCUCCUCCAAAACUUCCCUACGCCUGGUACUCCGGAGAUCGUUCUGCGUUUCAGCACACUUGUUCGCAAGCUUUGGAACCCAAAAGCUUUCCGCUCACACGUAUCUCCACACGAGCUGCUACAGGAGAUUGCUUUGCGAUCUUCCAAGCGCUUCACGCUCACAAAUCAGGCCGACCCAGUCGACUUCUUGUCUUGGUUCUUGAACAGUCUUCACCUUGCUCUGGGCGGAUCUAAAAAGCCUUCCCCUACUCCAACAAGUGUUGUUCAUGCGGCAUUCCAGGGUCGAGUGCGGAUUGAAAGCCAAGCUAUCACUGCUCAUUCCGAUACUCAGAAUGCCCGCUUGGUGUUCACUGACUCCGGUACCAUUAAAAGCCAAGUCACACCCUUCCUAAUUUUGACACUGGAUCUACCACCCACCCCUCUCUUCCAGUCUGUCAACCGAGAGUCGAUCAUUCCACAGAUUCCCUUGACAACCUUGUUGAACAAGUACAACGGCUACACAGCAUCUGAGAAAUUAGACCACCGUGUCCGACACCGUCUUCUCCAUCCUCUUCCUCCUUAUCUCUUCUUCCACAUCAAGCGUUUCAGCAAGAAUCGCUUCGUCUCUGAGCGAAACCCAACUAUUGUCACUUUCCCCUCCCCCCGCUCCUUGGACAUGUCCCCAUAUGUCGAGCCGAACCCAGAUGUUUGGUCACCCGGCGAACCAAUUCUGUACGAUCUUGUGGCAAACAUCAUCCUUGACCCAGCUAUGGCCGCACCCGGUGGAAUGGAUGACGCUGCCGAAAAGGGCACCAACGCUGCAUCAGGCGCCGGUGGCUCCUCCACCGGAGCCGGUGGUGGCAGCGAAAAGGUUUCCUGGCAUGUCCAACUCCACGACAAAGCUAUGUCGGCGGAGAACUCACAAACGAAAAAGGCAGGUUCCCAAGGGAAACAACAACAACGUGGCCCAGAGUGGCUUGAAAUCCAGGACUUGUUUGUCAAGCGUGCAGAGAGUGAAACGCUGUUCACACGUGAAGGAUACCUCAUGGUUUGGGAGCGGCGCAAGAUCCCUGGACAAAAAGGGAAAGGUGCAUAG